AUGUCCAAGAUUCAUCCAACCGAGAUUAUUAGAUGCGGCCAUAAUUUGUCGUCCACGAGGAAGAGUAUUGGUGAAGACGUUCACCAUGAUCACCCAAGUCCAUCCGUGGCCGUGCUCACAGUGUGGAAAAGAUCCAGCAUGAGUUUCCAAGGGACUGACGGGUUUACGGUUUUUGACCCACGCGGCAGAUUGACUUUCCGGGUAGAAAACUACACAAGGAAGAGUAGAUGCGUUGCGGGUGGAUCAGGGGUUGUCCUCAUGGACGGAUCUGGGAAAGCUUUGCUAACCUUAAAGCCCCAGACAUUCAGCAUGCAAUAUCAGUGGAAUGGAUAUAGAGGAGGAGACGAAUGUGGAAAGAGUCCCAAACGUAGAGUAUUCACAAUGAGAAGGCCUUCGUCGUCUGUUCUGAUGAUCCACAAAAGGGCAUGUGAGGCAGAAGUCUUCAUUGGAGAAUCCAGUAGUAGUAGUAGUACAGUGGAGAGAGAUCAGAGACGGACACCCGCGGAUUACAGUAUAGAGGGGUCCUUUAUGAGGCGCAGUUGUAAGAUCAAGAACUCAAGUGGUGAUGUGGUCGCAAAAAUAGCUAGGAAGAGAUCAGUAGUAAACACAAACACCACUCUUUUGUUGAGCGACGACGUUUUCAGUCUGAUGGUACAACCAGUCUUCGAUCUUCAGCUUAUUAUGGCCUUUAUAAUAAUCCUGGAUCGCAUAUGUGCCAAGCCUUUUUCCCCAGCUCUCUGCUCUUAGCUCUUCAUUCUCUCUGCACACACACCUACGGACUUGCUUGAAUGCAUUUGUUGAUCAGAUGACUGGUUUCCCUGUCCUCUCUCUCUCUGCGUCUCUGAUUCUUUUUUU